AUGCAAUUAAAGUGCGCAGAAUAUCUUAAAGAAGCAGUACUUAUUUAUUAGAUGUUAGGUUAACACAAAUAUAGAAUAAAUUCGAUAUUCAUUUAUGUCGAAAGCCUGUAAAUAGAUUGCAUAAUUAUUACCUUUCCAAUCAAUGUGGCAUUUAUUGUUCAAAUAGGAGAAUCUCUUUUUUUAUAUGUUGAUGCUCUAAUCAAUGUUUGGUUAAAAUAUCAAAAUGCUCUUGGAGUUAAUAAUUGAGAGAUUUGCUCCAAUCACAUAAUUUUAGAUAUAGUUCUUAAAUGCCUGUACAUUGGUGUUUUCACAAGACACUUAUAUCUUGUCGGAUGUAAUCAAAAGUCAUCUUCCAAACAUAUAUAAAGAGUGCAUAACAUAGCUACAGUUUUUUAUCAAACAAAUUCCUAAAAAUGAUUCCUAGGAAGGUUAGUCAGUUGCAGAAUAAAUAGCUUAGGCUUAUAAAACUAUUUUAGGAAAUAUUCAUGAUAAAAAAGUUACUAUCGAACUCUACACCAGUCUCCAACAAAUAGUGCACAAAUGGCCUUUGAUACACAAUAUAAAUCCAUUGAUUUUUCAUGAAGUAGAGGAAAUAAUUGCAAUGAGAACUCCAAGAAAUGUGGAGAUCUAAUUCUAUGAAGAACCAACUGAAUGUGAUAGUCCAACCAAAUCCAACUCAAUUAGAAAGGAAAAUCAAAUAGUAGUUGAGUUAUAGAGGUGGCUCAGCAAAAUGAAUUAUCCAAUUCCUGUAAUAUCCAAAAGGAUAGCCAGCAGUGUUAUUAAUUCAUAAAACAUGUUUAAAUUAAAAGAAAACAUUGAGAUUAUGCUCUCAUUUAUCUAUUGCCCUUUAAAAUACGAUCCUGCCAAUUGUGUAAUAUAUUAGUCUAUCAUAGUGGAUGAAAAUUGAAUUUGAUUAGAAAAUCAGUUUAAAAGAUAUUCCAAAUCUAAAGGAUUGUUAUUCCUUAUAAGCCCCUGCUCAUAUCUAUCACAUCAGAUCAAUUAGGUCAUUGCAGAGUUUAACCGAUGAGGAGAAUCACUAAAUUAUUGCAAAAGUAAACCCUUCAUAUUUAUAAAUUGCUUGUAUUGCUAUUUUAUUAAUUUUUAGUUUCCUAUUUGUCUGAAUGUCUUAACGAAGAUAACUUAAAGAAUUGUAACUUUAAUCAUUUAACUCAAUUACUGAUAUUUUAUUUAGAAAAAGAAUAAGAUAUUUCUAUUUACUUCUGUCUGCAUUAUAAUAUUCCUUAUGCAUUUUUACAUUACAUCAAUUAUGAGCAAUCCUCUACAUUUCUCAUUAAUCUCUUUUUGUAAAUUAAUUUGCUGGGACAUCACAUAUCAGAGCAUUAAAAAAAAUUGUAUGAAUAAGUAUGGAGAUAUUUUAAUGCUGCCAAAUUGUUUGAUGAUAUUAUUAACUUGCUAUUAAACCCAAAAAAUAGAUCGGGUUUGUUACAUAAAUGUACAUCAAACUAUAGAAAUAAUAGCAUGCUCGAAGCAUUCACUUUACAUCCAGAUUUUCAAUUAAAGGAAAAAGUAUAUUAGUAAAAUGAAAACAAUUUUAACUUUACUUUGGAAGAAAAGAUUCAUUUGAAAUGGGAUAUCGAUCAAAUUAAAAAAUUUGUUUAAAAGAAAACAAUCAAAUAAUUAUCAUUUUUCAAUAAAGUUUCACAUAAGAUCUUACCUUCAUUCAAUGAGAAUCCAGCUUCUAUGAUGGAUGUUAUUAGAGUGGCAAUUUAGAAUGCAGAAAUCAUUAAUGAACCUCAUAAAAAACGAUAAUCUAGAGCUACACGAGAAAAGCUUAUUGUUUUAAGGAGUGCUUCAGUAAUGUUUGAUUUAGAUGAAUAAGAUUCUUAGAAAGAUCAAUUUAUUCCUUUUGGCUAUAAUCUGAAUCCUUUAGAGGUAAGAGUUGAAACCAAAGAGAGCAAUACCAAAUAUGACUAGAAAUCAGUUUCAUUUAUGAAGGACAGUCAAAAGGGUCCUAAUUAAAAAAAACACUCAAGAAAUUUGUCAUUAUAAUUGUAUCCACUUUCUUUGAAGGAUGUUACACUAGGCAUAUGGGAUCAUGAAUAAAAAUAAGACCAAUAUCAAAUAGAGAAGUAUAGAAAGUAUAAUAUAUUAAUUAGUUUGAUGAAAGAUGAACCAUUUUGUUAUAAUUUACUAUAAUUUUUAUCAAUCCUUAUCUAGUAAUUGAUUUUAGGAGAUCAUAAAUUGUUUUCUAAUACUCAUUUUAUGAAUAAUAGAUAAUAAAUGUUAGGGAUCAUUCUGCUUAAUGAAAAUUGCAAAGUUUUUGACAAUCUAAUGAAAGUAAUAUUUGUAAUUAUCAUCAGAUUUACUUAUUUAAAAUAAAAUUGACUCCAUGUAUGAAAGAAAAUAGUGCUGUUUUAUGUGGGUAGUUAGUAAAUCUAAUCAUUAAGAAAAAGCCAGAGUACAUGAACUUUUAGGAUAAUGCACAAACUUACAUAGAUUAUUUGUGUAAAGUGAUUAUCAACUCCAUUUAAUGGAAGACUUCCUCAGCCUAAGCUAUUGAAUUGGAUAUAGGUAAAACUCUUUUGUGUGAGACACUUUGUUUAAUGAUUGAAUAUGGAAUCAAUAGAGGGCAGAUCUAAUUGCUAAAUAGGAUAACUGCUACAACUUGGAGUUGUCUAAUUGAAAUCUGUAAAUACUGUUUCCCUAUUCGACCCAAUCAAACAUUUUAAGGGAUAUUUAUUAAGUUGAUGAAAUUAAAUUUGGAGUUUGGAUCUGAAUUCAAUAUCCACACUAUAUUUAUGAAGUUGAAUUUCCUAAGUGUGAUUAAACAGUUGGCAGAAUUAACAUAAUUAAAUGCUGUUUAAAUUAAGAAAUUUAAUUAUUUAAAUGAAUUUAUUAAGUCUAUCUGCAAUUUGAUUUCUAAUCAGAUUAGCAAAUAGCCAUCUAAAGAGUGCUUUAAAAUAAUUUAAAAUUUAGAUUCGUGGAAUUAACUUAGAUAAUAAUAUAAAAUUACAUCUCAUUAACAUGGAAAUAGUUUUUAUAGUGUAGAUUCGAGAGUAUUAAAUAAUUCAACUCCAGCAACAAGUCAAAGUUUUACAAAAAUAAGAAUUCGUAAAUCUGCUCAUUCAUAAGCAUCAAAAGAAUGA